AAACAAAUGGAAACAUCCGUUUCCGCAUCGUAAGUCCAUUCUACUUGUACUUGUACUUGAAAGUUUUAAAGAAAGUCAAGUAUAGAAGGACUCCUAAGAAAAAAAAACCUAAGCUGCUCCAAAUAAAGUGUGUAAGGAGCUGUGGUAUGACAAAGCCAUCAAAGGGUGUCCACAAUUCAAAUAAAUGUUGGGAUUAAAUGCAUCCUGAAAGGCGUGAGGUCAACGCGGCGUAGGCUGUUCUGGUUCACUGUACUGAACUGUGUCUGUGUACACCGUAGUAGUCUAACACUGUCCGCUGUACUAGACUAUUGACUAUUGUAAAAGUACAGAGUGUAAGUUUACCAUAACCCAUAACAAAUCACCAUAAUAAGAAUUUGAACGCAGAACAAGUGGACCUUUUUGUCCCGACAUCCUGACAAGACCCAAUUUUGUCCCGAUUUGCAAACACUACACUGUUUAGUGUAGUAAUGAGCUUGGCUCAAGUACUGAAGUAACGCUAUCUGUUAGCACAACAUGUAAAUGCAGCCUCAGUUAGUUUUAUUUAUGUCAACAAGCUGAUGUAGGCUCAGGGGACUGAUGAAAGAAAUCGACUGCUGCCAAGGUUUAACUACAAGCUGACUUGCAUGGUGUUUUAUAAAUAAGUAAAAGAGAAAAAGUCUUACUUUAUGAAAAAGGUGAAAUCUUCUGAAAAAUAUGGUGUACCAACUACUUCUGCCAAAACAAGUUCCAUGUAAUUGUGUUCUAAAUAACAAUUAAUUAUAUUAAAUACAUUUUUUACUUUAUUUCUACACCCCCAUCCCAGAGUGUGCCGACGCGGUUCCAGCUGUGUGACCCCACUGUAACAUGACGCUUCUCAGUCUUACUUGUCUAUUAUUUUUAAUUUACUUUAACCGUUUAUUGCUUUUGAUCUGAGACAGGGAAAAAGUGAAAAAAAUCUAGCUUCACAUUGGCUGAAUAGGCAAUAAACAAACUUAUUGAUAGACUGAUUUUUAAAUGCAUGUUUUAAUAUAAAAUCCCUUUAAAACCAACAAAAAUACAUGAAAAACUAAUAGGCAAUAGGAAAACAUUAAAUACAUGUUAUAAGAACCAUUGAAGUUUUUUAAUGUAGUUCCAUCAAGUAAAGAGGAAAUGUUUAAUUUAUUUCAUUAAAAUAAAAUAAAAAUUAGCUGAAAUAAGGGACUGCCAUCAUUAAUUGCCAAGUAGGCCAAAUACACUUUAUACAAUAUGUGCAAAAGCUAACAGUAGCAAUACUAAAACUUGAAUGGGUACUUGGGUUUGUCAACGGGGCAUAAUAGGUCCAGCUGCUGUGUGACCGUAGAAGGGAAAAAGAUUAUAUUAUAAUUAAAUGUUGGGCAGUUGUUUUUGUUCAAAAUGGGUUUUUCAAGUAACAUGGAUGAUGGUUCUGGAAAGGUACUCUGUCAAUGGAAGGGAAAGUCUGAUUGACCUGUUAACAAAUAUGGAACCUUGUACACCAUAGCCAGAAAUGUCCACAGUCACAUUACAUCAUCCUGGCUUGCACAUCUGGCUUUAUCCAACCUGUAUAAAAAUGCACCUUGCAAAAGUCCUUGAACAAUCAGUUAAUGGAUGUAUUACUGAUUUUCAGUUUGAAGGAUUUUCCUUGUAGAAUCCAUAGUGACAAAAGCAAUACCUUCUGGGGAACACAGUUUGAUUCUAAUCAUUGGAAAACUUACUUAUGGAUCAUACUUCUUAAAACAAUUUAACUGUGAAACUUAGUAACAAUAGACAGCAUAACUGUGUUACUUGGUGCUUAUUAAAUCUCUCUUGGAAUUGUUCACCACCUCUAUUCAGAUCUGAUCCUCCUAUAAAUUUAUUUAAGUGUGAGCAAAAAUUAUGGUCAACUAUCAAUAUCUACUACCCAUUUGCAACAAAAACUGCCCAACAUAUAAUCCUUUUCACUUCUCGGAACAUGUGGUGACCAAGCUAUACACCAUUGACGAACUGACUUGCACGUUAAAGAGGAUGGAGUUUCAGUACUGUUACUUUUGGCGCAUACUGUAUAUGAUUCAAUGAUUUUAAGUUUAUUUUACUGCAUAAUUACUAGUUAAAUUAGUUUACAUAGACUUAGCUAGUACUGCUUAUUAGAAUAAGUAUAAACAUUCUUCCCAUUUACUAUAAAUUCUUGAAUGAUGUCAUUUGGAUAAUAAACAAGAAAAGAAGGAAAGUGAGAUAUUUUAUUCCUGCAUUUGCCAAAGGGAGAAUUAAAGUCUAUUUAUUUUAAAGACUAGUACUACUAGUAAGCCUUGUACUAGUUGUAAAUUAGCCCAAACAAAUCCGUGAACAAUUAAUUAAUAAUAAAAAGUGGUCAGUGAUACACUUAACCCUUUACAGUCCAAACCUAUUCAUCCUUGUCUACUCCCAGCGCCCAAGCAAAGGGACAUAACUCCAUUUUAAAUGAAGGUUCUUUAUCUAAUUAAUUUACAGAAAAUAAACUAGAAGCAAAAAAAUAAAAUAAAAAAUACCUAAAUACAAAGAAAUGAUUAAAGAAAAAGUUAAACCUAAAAGUAGUUUCAGAGACCCUCCCACUCAUGAAAUAGUGAAAUGGCUGCCUUCAAAAGUAAAUAGAUCCUGUUCCUGUACUGUGUAAAUUUUAAAAAUAAACAAUUAUUUUAUCCCCUAUUUGUGACCAUGUGACUUUAUUUUUGGAAACUGAUUAGUAUAGUCUUUACAAAAUUGUAUAUGACAUUCAUAUAUGCUAGUAUUGCUAGGUUGUCUGCGAAGAUAACAAAAAAAAUCCUUAAAAUUAACAACUAACUUUAGCAGCCUUUCAAUAUACUUAAGAGAAAUUUUUUUUUAAAAAGGCUAAGAAAUUAAACUGCAUUGUUGCAACUUUUUUUUGUUUUUUUAAUUUUCAGAAAAGAUGGAUUCUGGUAGUUUGUAUCAUGCUGUAGUUGAAAACAAUGUAGAUCGAUUAAUUGAACUGUUGGAGCAAGGAGGAAAUGUAGAUGAAUUCUAUGAAGACACAAUGAAUAUCAGCUCAAAGUCUUUGCUGCAUAUCUGCUGUGGUAAAGGACAUACAGAAUGCCUUAAGUAAGGGGCUGUCUUCCCUCCUGCAUGGAGUUUCUGAGUGCAUGCAUGAAGUUUGAAACUGACAUCUCACUGAAUCACUGAAGGUAUUUAGAACUAAAACACUGUAGUUGUUUUUUCCCCAGGAUUAUUUAGAUGAUAUCGGAUGAAUGAGCAAAUAAUAUAGUACGGUAAAAGAAAGAUAUUAUUUUAGUACCUGUAGUCCUAAUCUCCAAAAACAUCAUUGAUUAUAAUAGAUUAUGCUGGUGUAGUAUUUUAUAAAUUGCUUUAAAACUACUGCAGAAAAGUGCCCUAAUCACAAACUCUAUAAAUAGGGACAGAGGAUAUCUUUUGGGAAGAAACCCAGGUAAUGGAAGAAUGCAUGUAACUUCUGUUUUAAGCUCACAGAGAGGUAUUAUAAGUUAGAUAUUGUAGUUAAGUAACAUUUUUUUUAAAAUUAAUUUAAUCCUAGAGCCAAUUUAGAAAAUAAGAAAAACAUUUUCUGGGCUGAUACAGAUUUCAAAACCCUCUUGCAAAUAAUUCUUGUAAAACUUUGUACUUGUCUGAAUAUUACAUAAGUAUAAGGCCCAAAAAGGAAAGAUUUUUUUCAUUAGAAAAACCAAUUUACCCAAGUAUCUUUGUUGACUUUCAAUUGUUCUUAAGCUUUCUUAAUUGUUUUUAAAAUCAGAGUACUCAUACAACAUGGAGCUCAGCUAACUGUGAGAGACAAAUGGGGACAAACACCUUUAAUGUACAGUGUGUCCAUACAGUUCCCGGAAAUCGCCAAGGUGCCAUUUUCUAUAUAUUAAAUUGUUAAAAUUAUGUUCGAAUGAGCCAUACUUGAAAAUCUACUCAUUUGUUAGUUCUCAUGAUCUUAUGUAACAGCCUGACAAAAUUAAUCAACUAAAGAAAAUUAAAUGUAAUAUAUCUAACAAUGCAUACUUUUUUUUAGACUAUAUUUUGUAAAAUAAAACAAAAAUUCACUCCCUUUUAAAAAUUAAUUAGACAGUGUAGAGAAAAUGUCCAAAUUUCAGCAUAGAAUAAACCUAUUUAACUUUAAGCAAUAGAACCCUCUCAAUCCCAAGAACCAAAACUAAGACCAUCGGUGAACGCUCCUUCUACUUCCAUGGGCCCACGUUCUGGAACCAGCUCCCCUUCCAUAUCCGUCAUUGUGACACCUCGUCCACUUUCAAAAAGUCCCUUAAAACCCAUCUGUUUAGGUCCGCCUAUGACCUGUGAUGCACCCUCCUUGCCCUGCCUCAUUUUCUGUCUCGGGUUGAUCCUGUAGUAAAGGCCAAAACGUGCCAAAGUGUCCUCGUUUUAUAGCCAUUUUAAUUGUUUCUAUAGUAUGGUAGUUACUAUCCUAGUGUUUCAUUUUUAUUUUACUUAGUUUACAUGUUUUUAAUAAUUGUAAAGCGCUUAGAGCUUUAAGGUAAGCGCUAUAUAAAAAUGCCUAAAUAAAUAAAUAAACUUAAGUAAAACAAUUUGUGUAAAGCAGAACAUAACAUCUUCCCCCAGGUAUUGCUUGAUGCUGAUGCUGAGCUUGUCAAGUGCCAAGACAAAUUUGGAAAGUCACCCUUACACUGUGCUGUGGAAACAGGGAGCGAAGAGCUUGUGAGGCUCCUUCUAGAGUAUGGUGCAGAUGUCAACAUAAGAUGUCAUGAAGGACUCACUCCUCUAAUGAACUGUUGCACUCAAGAUCCAGAUGGGGGGAGGACAGGUGUAAUGAAAAUCCUUCUUGAAGCAGGGGCUAUGUUUGAUUUGACUGACUAUCGUGGAAAGAGGACAGCCUUACAUGUAAGUAAAAUCUGGAAUAAUCACACUACAAGAUUCUGAUGAUUAAUUUCUAGAUAUAUUUUUUUUCCAAUUUUGAGUCAAUGACUCUCAUUUACUUCUGUCAGUGCCUAAUAAUAUCCUGGGAUUACUGUUUUUCUGCAAAAUAUUCCAAAGGGAUUUCACCAAAAUUUUAACUUUUUUUAUUUGAUUUUUUUUACUCUUUUGAAAUCAUUCUGUUAUUUUCAUUGAUUCAAAUAGUUCAACGAGGAGCAAACCCAUUCGUGGCCUUAAAAUAAUCUUUACCUAUUCUUGUUAUGGAUUGAUAAAGGGUAAAGAAAUUCUUAUUAUUUUAUUGAUUAUUUUACUGCCACAUGAAAAAUAUAUUCAAAAGUCACCUAACUUUUUCUUGGGCUAGACUUGGACAGGCCAGGUUGCCAUAUGUGCUGUUAAAGAAAAUAUAUUGAAUCAGUUCUACUCUUUUGAGACAUAAAUAAACUAAAUUGGAAGACAGUAGUGAGCAUCAUGCACAAAGUACAGACCUUCACAAACACUUGCCUGAGAAAUAUCUUGAACAUAAAAUGACUAAACAUCAUCAUCAACAAAGACUUACUGCACUGGACAUAUCAAGAACCUAUUCCUAAAGACAUCACAAGGAAAGAUAGAGGUGGACAGGGCACGCUCUUUGUAAACCCCUAGGGAGCAUCAGCAGACAAUUCCUGUCAUGUAACACACAAGGAAAAGGAAGGCCAAAGAAUACAUGGAGACAUGAGCUAGAGGAAGACACACAAACUAUUGGGAUACACCUGGAAAGGAAAGCACUGAAACAAGAUGAAUAUAGAUUACUAUUCGACGUCCUAUAUUCAAGGUGGGGUAAAAAGGCAUAAGAGGCAUUGAGGCACAUAUUUUUUAUUUUGUUUCUUUGACCCAGGUUGCUGUGUUGUCAGGGAAUGCCCAUGCAGUUGAGCUGCUCAUUGGCGCUGGGGCAGAUGUGAACAACAUAGACAAAACACUGCACACCCCACUCACUUUGGCUUUAGGUGCAGGGGUGAGAGGACCUGUCAUCAAUGAGAACUUCAUGAGGAUCAUCUCCCUCCUAGUGUCUGCCGGUGCUCAGCUCAAUAUCUCCAUCUGUGAAAGCUGCAACCCCUUGCUGACAUCUGCCUUACUCAGGUCUGAUACAAUGGUCCGUUAUUUCCUCUCUCUUGGUGUGGACAGUAAUAUUAAAUGUGAGUAUAUAUUCACUGUUUACAGUUAAUGUAACUUCUGUUUUAUGUUCACAGAGAGGUAUUAGAAUAGAAUCAGAAUACUGCAGUAAUGUAACAACAUAUCUUAAGUUCCCUUGCCCACACUAUGACUGUAAAUAUGCAAACAUUUUUAAGAAAAGCUAUUUUUUAUCUUUUUACUGAUAAUUUUCUCGUACCUAAAAUUGUCUUAGUCUUUUUUAUGCUUGACGGCUGGUUUCACCCUUUUUUAUCAAUGGCACACACCAAUAAGUAUCAUUAAGUAUUUAAAAUAAAAUAUAGGCCCUUCCAGCUAGUGCUUAAGUCCAGCAAAUUAUCAUUAUUGGUUAAAUGAAACAAUUAUACCGGUAGGUGAAAUCGUUCUUCAAUCUAUACCAGUGCAUUGUCCAGAAAAAAAAUAAUUUAAACCCAUAAAAAAUGUUGAUUUAAACUUUCUGAAACUGAUUACAGUUCCUUCUGGAGUAACUCCUGCCUUGGUUUGUGCAAGCACAGGCGACCUGGCUACUCUCAGGACCCUCCUCUACUACAACUGUGACCUCACCAUCAAGGGGAAUGUCUACAAGAAAAGGCGGAGAGCUGAGUUUACUUUAGACCCCUUUGAACUAGCGUACAUGGAGGGCUACUUGGAUGUGUGUGUGCUGAUGGUGAGGGUGGGAUACAGAGUUCAUGGAAAAUGUCACAUUUUUGCAAGGGACCUUGGAAAAUCUACCCCAACUACAUCAUCUGACACAGAAUUGACCUUACUUCAUUGCCUAAAUCUCCCUCCUGAUUAUAAAAACACACUGCAGUGGCUUGCUGAGAUGGCAUGCAACCCGAGAAUGCUAAGAGAUGAAGCUGUAGCUGCCAUUCGGAGAUGUCUUAGAGGGAGUUUAGUUGGGCAGGUGAAAUCAUUACCUUUGCCACAGACAGUUAAAAACUAUGUCUUGCUGACUCACAUACUUAACUGAAAGCUGUUGAAAAUAAAUCGGCUGGGUGUUUUUAUGUCCAACAUUUUAAAAAUUACUUGUAGAAGAACAUUAUUUCUUUUGUUAAAAUUAAAAUUGUUUGAUGUGAUUGAUGUGCUUAUUCUGGAAAGAAUUUUAAGAUUUGUGUGUAAAAAAAAAAAUGUGUGAUAAUUGUGUUACAUUUUUAUUUAUGAAGUGUUAAAGUUGAUUAAAUGAGUCUUGAAU